AUACGUUACUACAAUUUGUCAGUAGCCGAACAGCGAAAGAUGAAGACACUCACCAUUUUCUCUCUAAUUUUAUCAACUGCUUGCUGCAUUAAUCCAGAAUUGGUCGAAAUAAUAAAAACGCGUAUGCUGGAGACCGGUAUGAUGUGCAUGUCGCAAUUGGGCGCAACGGAAGCGGAUGUCGCGCCACUAAUCGCUAAUCGACCUCCCGAGACAGAAACUGGAAAGUGUUUCUUGGCUUGUAUGUUCAAAAAGGAAGGAUUUCUAAAUGCAAACGGAAAAAUUGACAAGGAUAGUACGAUGGCGGCUAUUGAACAAACGAAAAAUCUUGACGAGGAUUACUAUGUCAAGAUUAAACAAGUGGCCGAGGCGUGUGUAAAGGUAAACGAUGACGGUAAUGACUGUGAAACAGCAACGAUGCUUUAUGCAUGUAUACUGAAAGAGAAGGCUAAGGUUGGCCUCGAAAAUAUUGAUUUGAACUAGCAAGCCCGGUUAAGAUACAAUUAUCCUGUUGUACACUAUGUCACACUGAAAUAUACUUUUAUAUGUU